UGUUCUUUAAUUAGUUUUAUUUAAAAACUCGCUGAGGUGAAAAAACUAGAAUUACAAAAUUCACUAUCGCUUUCAAAAAAAAUCACUUUUUAUACAAAACAAAACAGUAAUAAACUUACAACUGAAUAUGUUACAAUAUCUUGUCGUUAUAUUUUUCUCCUCUGCUUACUAAAUAUGAAAAGACAUGCGCAAUUUUAAUACUAUUUGAUCAAACCACAUAUAUACAGCAAAAGAGAGAAAAAGAGAGAGAAAGUAGAAAUCAAUUCAUUAAAAUUUAUUCUGACAAUAAUUUUGCUUGUAGUCCAAGUAAUAAUAAAAAUUAAUAUGCAAUAAAUAUCUGCGCAUCUCAAAAAAAGAACAUUUCGAGAAAAUAAAGAAAAAGUUGUUUAGACAUCGCGUAUUGUCGAAGAAAGUGCGCACUUAUGCUCGCGAACGCGCGUCUUACAUUUCGUUCUCGUUUUGAACAUCCUAAAGUUGAGUAGAAAUCGGUCGUUCCUGUAAAUCGUGAUGAACGGCGGGAAAGAUUGUGCGGUAAGGUGAUGGUAGUGGAUUGCGAAGGAUUUUAUUCGUUUAACGUAAUACUUUAAGUCAGUCUUUCACUUUCACUGCUACAACGAACUACUCGAUUGUGCGCAGAGGGCGUCCUAACACCACGUGCUCCGAGAUUCUGUUUUAAGCGUCUUUUUCGUGAGACGUUUGUCAGUGUCGUAUCGAAUGUAUAACACAGUGGUAUUUUUAUAAAACGAAUAAAUCAUCAAUAAUUAUCAUGAAGUGUUUGCAUAGAUUCUAUUUCAUAGUUACACACUAUUCGAGAUGAUUUGAGUGUUACUAUGAACAUCACAAAUUGGCACGAUGAAAUAACACAGAAAAUCAAAAGAUAUUACAGCACUCAUCAAAAACGAGUUCGAUAUGAUAAAAUCUAGCAACAAAAGAAAUUAACAAACUUGGCUAUUUGACUGUACAAAAUCUCGAAAGAUCGAUAUUAUUCAAUAGUGAAACCAAAUUAUUUCUCAGAAAGAAAGAGAGAGAGAUGAGCUCGCCUAUCAUAGCAGUAAUUAAUGGCGCUAUAAAAGCGGCCAGUAUUCUUCUUGGCGUCAGUUUUGGUAAAAUUACUAUACUACCACUUCUACUUGCCACGAUUGCAUAUUUCAAUUACGAUCUCAUAGAUCCGGAAAAUCAUCCGCGUGUGACAAAAAAUCUGCGAAAAGAAUAUGAUUUUGUUGUUAUCGGUGGCGGAUCGGCCGGAAGUGUCGUCGUCAAUAGGUUGACCGAAAAUUCCGAUUGGAGUGUACUUCUGUUGGAAGCUGGCGGACACGAAUCCGAAAUAUCAGAUGUACCAAUACUUUCGCUGUUUCUCCAUAAAAGUAAGCUCGAUUGGAUGUAUCAAGCACAGCCACAAGACAAUGCUUGCCUAGCAAUGACAAAUCGUCGAAGCUGUUGGACUAGAGGCAAGGUUCUCGGAGGCUCUAGCGUUCUAAACACAAUGCUGUAUGUCAGAGGCAAUAGAAGAGACUUUGACUCAUGGCAAAGCCUUGGGAAUCCUGGAUGGAAUUACGAAAACGUGCUUCCGUACUUCAAAAAGUCGGAGGACCAACGCAAUCCAUAUCUUGCACGAAACAAAAGAUACCAUAGCACGGGUGGUUAUCUAACUGUGCAGGAUGCGCCUUACCUGACGCCACUAGGUGUGGCGUUCUUAAAAGCAGGAAAAGAAAUGGGUUACGAUAUAAUCGACAUCAACGGUGAACAGCAAACCGGUUUCGCUUUUUUUCAGUAUACCAUGCGAAGGGCAAGCAGAUGCAGUACAGCUAAAGCAUUUGUGCGACCAAUUCAGCUGAGAAAAAAUUUCGAUUUAUCCUUAUGGAGUCAUGUGACGCGAAUACUGAUAGAUCCGCGAAGUAAACGGGCGUAUGGAGUAAAGUUUAUAAGAAACGGACGCGAGGAAGUCGUAUUUGCUAAGAAAGAAGUGAUUCUUUCGGCAGGUGCCAUAAAUAGUGUACAACUGCUUAUGUUAAGCGGCGUUGGACCACGUGAUCAUCUAGAAAAGCUGGGGAUUCCUGUGAUUCAGGACUCACCUGGAGUCGGACAGAACUUGCAAGAUCACAUUGGUGUCGGGGGAAUCAUUUUUCCGAUCGAUUACUCUUUCACUCUUAGUAAAAGUAGUCGGAUAAUAAACAUUAACACAGCUUUAAGAUAUGCUGUCACCGAAGACGGUCCAUUGACAUCAAGUAUCGGUAUCGAAACUGUCGGUUUUAUAUCAACAAAGUAUGCCAAUAAAAGCGACGACUGGCCCGAUAUUGAAUUUAUGUUAGUUUCCUCAGGAGUCAAUAACGAUCGCACAGCACAAGUUGCUCACGGUUUAUCAAGCGAAUAUUUGAAGUACAUGUACGAUGAAAUUAAAGAAACGGAUAGCUUUACCAUAAUACCUAUGUUACUCAGACCGAAAUCGCGCGGUUAUAUCAAACUGAAAUCCAAGAACCCGUUAGAACCUCCGCUUAUGGUAGCCAACUAUCUGACUCAUCCAGACGACUUGGCAGUGUUGCGCGAAGGUGUCAAAGCGGCCAUUGCUUUGGGAGAAACGAGCACUAUGAAGAAAUUUGGAUCGAAAUUUUAUAGCAAAUCACCGCCAAAUUGCAGGCAUAUUCCACAAUACACAGAUGAAUUUUUUGACUGUAUUGUUCGACAAUACACCAUGACCAUCUAUCAUAUGUCCUGUACCGCACGAAUGGGUCCACUAAAUGACCCUAUGGCCGUUGUAGAUCCGGAAUUGAAAGUUUAUGGUGUCGCAGGUCUACGAGUUAUCGACGCGUCUAUCAUGCCGGACAUUACUAGUGGCAACAUAAAUGCACCUGUUAUCAUGUUGGCCGAAAAAGGCGCUGAUCUAGUAAAAGCUACGUGGAUGCGUCGUUUUAAGAGAAAUAAUAUUAAUGUGGCUAUUUUCAAUAUAUCAAUUGAUUAAGUAAUUUCACAUGACUAUACAUUGUUAAUUAAAUCUACAAAAGAAUUUUUUAAGUUUUUUAUUAUUUACCAGAGAAAAAAGAAAUUAUAAAGUAUUAAUCGAGUAUAACAUUAUAAAAAGUAUUUACCUGUAUAAGAAGAUUAACAAGAUCAAGUA